AUGAUCUUCAGUUAUUUCGCACGAGAGACUGUGGUCUGGCACAAUGACCCCGAUCUUGAUCUGUACGCUCUCAACAUCACUAUCCCAGGCCUCUCGCCACGCUUCCAACAAGUCCAUUGCACAGCUGACGCUCAAGUAUGUCAUCUGACGACCGACAUGGGUGAAAUUCACGCCGCAGCAAGUGCAAUGGCAUUGUGGAUGUCCGACUGCUUCGAUCUCACCUCAACAUACUUCUUGUUGGCCGGCAUAGGUGGCAUAAAUCCACAUAUGGGUACCAUAAGUUCAGUCACCUUCGCCCGAUAUGCUGUGCAGCUGGAUCUGCAGUAUUUAUUCUCCGAGUCGCAGAUCCCUCCAGACUUCCCUACAGGCUUUGUGCCGCAGAAGUCGCACCGACCUGAUGAGUAUCCUGGCGUGCUGUACGGCACGGAGGUCUUCGAGCUGAAUGAUCGUCUACGUAUGCGCGCAGUACAGAUUGCUCAUCGAGCUGUGCUCAACGAUACCACGGCAGCAAUGAAGAAGCGUGCCGGCUACCUCGACGCUCCUGCGAAUGAGCCACCCACAGUCCUAGCAUGCGAUACAAUGACUAGCAAUAAUUGGUGGUCUGGCUCAGUGCUAGGCGACGCAUUUGCUGGCUAUGUCAAGCUUCUGACCAACGGAUCGGCUGAACCUUGUACUACUCAACAAGAAGACAAUGCCACUCUGGAAGCACUGCUGCGCGGCGCCGUAGCUGAACGACUAGACUUCUCGAGGAUCAUCUUAAUGAGGACUGCCUCUGACUUUGCUCGAGCACCACCGGGUCGGACAGAGUACGAUCACCUGGUCAAUACAGGCUGGGAAGGAUUUGUGCCUGCUUUGCAGAACAUUUACCUGGCGGGCAUCGAGAUUGUUAGAGAUAUCUUGAUGAACUGGGAUGAGGAGUAUGCCUCUGGCACUCGACCCGAUAACUACAUUGGCGAUCUGUGGAACAGUCUCGAAGAGGCCAAUAAUUGA